CUGGCCACACUAUUUCUGGCUUUUACUCCGUCCUGCGAUCCGGAGUUAUUGAAACCGUUUUUUGCGAUAUGACUCAAAUGUCAGGUGAAGAAAAGGCCAUCUCUUCGUUUGUUUCUCCAGAACAACUUGAUUCACUUAUUCAGAGAUUAGACAAAGCCGAUGAACGAAUACAGAGACAAGCACUGAGAAUAAGAAACUCGGUGGGUCGGCUGAAUGUCUUCCUUGUUAGGCAGAACCGGACGAACAACUCGCAGAUGCGCAAACUAGAAUCAAUAGACGAGAAACUGGCCAGUGAUUUGAAAGAACUGUUUAACAGCCAACAAAGGCAGAACUAUGAGAUAGCCGAACUAAGGAGACGGUGGGAUCGCCCUCAAGGAAAAUCAUUGACGCGGAUGCCGGCCAACUGUCACGAUUUAAAGGCAGUGGGUCACGGUCUAAGUGGAAUUUAUCCCGUCAAAGCCGACGACCAUAUUGAGAUGGUUUACUGCAACAUGACACUAUCCACACCCCGGGAGACGUGGAUUGGAAAGGCGGACGUCAUUUCUUCUCUUGUCCAUUUCUACGUUCUACGGAAAACACCAUUCUACUUGGAAGGAAGAGGCCAUAUGCAAUCGAUCCUACCUUUCGAGAUUACAAGAUCAAACCAAGGUGGUGGAAUGGAUGCGAAGAAGGGAGUCUUCACUGUUCCGAAAUCUGGAACGUACGUGUUCAGAUUCUCUUUCGGUGCCCUCAAGCGUGAAAAGGCCCAGCAUGUGUCUGUAACGUUGGUUCUCAAUGACGUCGAAGAUGUGGCCAGUAUCUACGGAAGUGAUCAUCAGGGCUUUUUCUCUCUUUCCCUGCAAACCAUCCUGAACCUGAAGAAGAAAGACAAAAUUCAUUUAGUGCUGCAAUCGGCUUCGGGAGGAGGCAACUACGAGGACAUAGACAUGACAACUCAUUUCAGUGGUUUCCUGCUCGAUGAACAGAUGUUUUGAGAUUGGCAUCGUCAACGUUAUUCUCAAUUCAGAUUAAGUAUUUUUUGUUUGCAUCCGUUUAAAACAUAUGUAACAUGCCCUAUAGCUUAUUAUUUUGAAAACACAUCGCUACUGAUGCACCAAUAUGAAUGUCCAUCGUUGAUCUUAUCAUAAAGGCAUAAUUGAGUACAACUGCAAGAAACCAUA